GGACAAUGUGCUGCUGGAGGAGAAACUAAAGGAGCAACCAAAGAAGCAAGUACUUCUAAAGGAGCAACUAAAGAAGCAAGUACUUCUAAAGGAGCAACUAAAGAAGCAAGUACUACUGAAGGAGCAACUAAAGGAGCAAGUACUACUGAAGGAGCAACUAAAGGAGCAAGUACUACUGAAGGAGCAACUAAAGGAGCAAGUACUACUGAAGGAGCAACUAAAGGAGCAAGUACUACUGCAGGAGUAACUAAAGGAGAAAAUGCAACUACAGGAGCACCUGGAACACCAGGAGCUAAUGCAGUACAAUUUAAAGAAGGAACUGCCAAUAAUGGUGAACAAGUAAUGUCAAGAGGAGAAGCACAAUUACAAGCAGCAGGAAAGAAAAAGAAGAAAAAAGGAUGCUGUGGUUAA